AUGGCCUACCGAGACCCGCACCGCGUUGAAAUGUCACCGACGCGGGGGUCGCCGCUGCGUGGCGGUAGAGCCUCGCGACCGGCGCCAAACCCCGGCGACACCCUUUUCAGCAGCACCAGCACUGGGGCCAGACACGACCCCGACGACGACUACUUGUCCCCUACCUCCACCUCUGCCCUCUCUCCAGUCCACCGCAACGCCCUCACAAACUUCAGUGGCACUGGCUGUGACGAGGGUAGUGAGUCAAACUUCAAGGUGGUGAUUCGUGUGCGUCCACCGGUGCAACGGGAAUUAAACGGCUAUCGCCCCUACGUCGACGUGGUGGGUAUCGCAAAUGACCGUCGCUCCAUCACGCUCUGUGAGACACUUGACACGGAGGAUGGCCGUGGCGGGGUGUACUCCCGGCAGACUUUUACGUUUGAUUACGUCUACGGCAAACAGACCCUGCAGUGUGAGGUGUACGAACGCAGUGCCCAGCCAGCGGUUUUUUCAGUGAUGCAGGGGUACAAUGCUACACUCAUGGCGUACGGCCAGACGGGUACCGGCAAGACGUACACCAUGGAAGGAUUCACAAGUGAAGAGCAGCGAGGGAUUAUUCCUCGAGCCAUUGAGGAGCUGUUCACCUCCAUUAACGCGAGCCGCCGUGAGAAUAUGCGCUUUUUGGUUCGUGCCUCGUACAUGCAGAUAUAUAACGAGGUGAUUUCAGACCUGCUGAAGCCGACUGCGGGGCGGGCCCUCACUGUGCGUCAUACACCGCAGCGUGGCGUGUACGUAGAGGGCCUCUCGGAGUGGAUUGUCCGCUCCCCGCAUGACGUGUAUGGCCUCAUUGAACGCGGCACCUCGCUGCGUGCGACUAGCGCUACAAGGAUGAGUGAGCUGUCCUCGCGCUCCCACGCCAUGUUCACCAUCAUUGUGGAGGUGAUGGAGGGAGAUGAGACGAACCCCACCUCGUACCGGUUUGGCAAACUUAACAUUGUCGAUCUGGCCGGAAGCGAGAAGCUGCGGCAGGCGUCUGUCACGGGUCAGCGGCUGGAGGAAACGAAGAAAAUUAACAAAUCUCUGCAUGAGCUCGGCAACGUCAUCGCGGCUCUCGCAAGCAAAAGCGGCGGUCGUCAGCGACACGUGCCGUUUCGAAAUUCUGUCUUGACAAGCGCUCUGCGGGACUCCCUCGGCGGCAACUGCAAGACGACGCUUAUCGCCUGCAUCUCCCCCGCGCUGGAGUCGUACACAGAGUCUCUCUCCACGCUUGCAUUCGCCAACCGUGCUAAGAACAUCAAGAACACCGCCUUCAUCAACGAGGAUCUGGACCAGGCGACGCUGCUGCGCAAGUACGAGCAGGAGCUGAAGAUGCUCCGACACCAGCUCCAGGAGCGUGACACCACAUCUCAGCAGCUUGGCGGAGGCGUUGAUCCAGGCAUACUCUCCGAGCUGCGACAAGGCAUGCGUCGCGCGGAAGAGGAUUGUGAGGCCGCGCUGGAGGCGUUGCAGGAGUCCUCACGUGCCCACCAGCAGGAGCUGACGGUGCGGAAGCGCUUCGAGGAGCGCAUUCAAGAAUUAGAGGGGAUGCUACAAAACGGUGGCUUUAAGGGCGUUCCCCGCACAUCAGACGAGUACGCCCUACGCCUCGAUGAACUCGACCGUGAGCGGCAAGUCAUGGAAGAGGAAAAGGCGCAGGUGGAUAGAUACAAGCAGCUGCUGCUGAAGCAGCGCGAUAUAAUGUUGAACCUUACGACACGGCUGAAUGAGCGAGAUGAGAUGAUCCUGCAAUUGCAGGAGGAGGUGGACGCGUACGAUGCACACAUCCAAACGCUGGAGGAGACGUUGGAGGUGCAGCAGCAACAACUGAAAGAGAAUCUCAAUAGUAAUUUUGCCACACCUUUUUCAAGGGCGCGCGCAGAGGAAUAUUUGCAGCGGACACGUGUUCAGGCAGGCGCCGACGGUGGUGAAGUGCGGUACCGGUCUGAUGCCAACGCAUCUGUCUUGCUUACAGCCGAGGCGAAGAUGCUGGAGUUGCUGCUUGCAAUUCCCCACGCACCAUCGAUGGCAUCACCACCAUCACCACUACUACCGCAGCAGCAGCAGCAGCAGCAGACGACGACGCUGCCGGUGGACAGUGCAGUGCAGCGUCAGCUGGUGGAACUUGUCCGGGAACGCGCAGAGAAGAUGGUGCGGGAGCAGCUGGACAGCCACAUCUGGCAGCAGUGCCAGGAACUCGACUCACUCAGGAGCCGUCUGCUGGAAAGCGAACAAAAAAACAACACCAUCGAGAAGUUACUGAGCGGCUUCAAGGCGCAGCAUCCCGCCGUUCAAGACGUCGUUGCUCGGACGCGGCGUCAUAUUGAUGAGCAGCAAGGGAUUGUGCGCAAGACGUACGAGGGCUGCACACAGGCGUUGCAUCAGCAACUCGCACAGGAGCGUGAACAACGCAUGCGGCUAAUGAAUAAGGUGGAUACGUUGACUGUGCAGUCGCGGAAGGCGCUGGAGUGCUGCACCAAUGCGGCCCAGCGGGUGGAGAUCAACAACUUGUGCGUGGCCCUGCAACAAUUAGAGGAGCAUCUUUGCUCCGAAAUGAAACAUGUUGUUGAGACGGCAGUCGCUGCACGUGUUUCGGCAACCCAUCACAGUAUUAGCGUGACUAGUAAUAGCAGCAGUGGUAAUGGUAGGGGUAACCACAGUAACAACACUACUCAUACCGCAGAGGAUGCAGCUAUUGCUUCAUCCUCCACGUUAAAGGCGGCACCUCCGGUUGUCGCGAGAGCCCCAUAUGAGUUAGAGGGACAGCGGAAGGCGCUGCAGAGCAGCCAUGCCAAAAAGGAGGAGGAAUGGCGACGUGUGGUGCAGGAAAAAGAUGUCAUCGUUCGUCAGUUGGAAGAGCAGCUGCGUAGCUCCCAUGUUGGUGUCAGUGAGGAGAUAGAAACCCUCACCAAGUCGCUCAAUACUCACAAAAAGGAUCGUCGUGCGCUGCAGACUAUUAUGGAGCAACGUGUGAAGGUGAAGGUUGACGCCAUAUGUGAAUUGGUCGCCGCGGGGUCGCAACUGUCGCCGCAGGAGCAGAGUCGUCUCUGCAGCGAGGCGCAGGCUCUGCAAAAUUUGGUGAACGCGUCCAUCAAGGCGAUGGAGUCAUGA